ACGAAAUCACGUCAGUACGAAUGAUGAAACGACUGAGCGAGCACGACAGGGCUAUCCUGAGGACGAUCUUCGAUCCGCUCCUGCCGUUGGGUGAACCGGUAGCCUCUUCCACGGAUAAGGAUAUCCUGGAAGAUCACAUUGAAAAUUAUACCAAUCCGAACCCCGAGGUAGCUGCCAUUAUAAAGCUCGGGAUAGCAGCUGCCGAGGAUAAACGUUUCGAAGAAGCUCUUCGUUACUUUGACGAAGCUCUUAAACAGGAUCCUAAUUCGCCUUAUGUUCUGAACGACAGGGCUCAGGCGCUACGUCUGGCUGGUCGCGACGAAGAAGCCAUGAACGACCUCAACUUGGCCGUGGAAUUGAGCGGUGGAAAAGGAAAGGCUGGGAUCCGUGCGCUUUGCCAGCGCGCUGCGCUUCAUAGGAGUUUUGGGAAGAUUGAAGAGGCACGUCAAGACUUUUCUAUGGCUGCUAACGGCGGAUCGUCCUUCGCACGUAGCCAAAUGGUCGCCAUGAAUCCUUACGCUGCUAUGUGCAAUGAUAUGCUGCGUCAGAUCACUUCGAAACCCCGUCAAUCUUAAAUAUUAUAUGUAUGAUUAUCUUCAUGUGUAUGGAUAUUUGACUUUUGAUAUUUUAUUUUUAUAUCAAUAAUCAUUCACUAUGUCUACGACAAUAAUAAUUAUCAUUCGAACGAUCCACAUAAAAAUAUAAAUUAUAAUCUUUUGUAUUAAA